AUGCGUAGUGAUAUUUUCCUCGCGAUCACAGAGAACUCCAUUCCCGUCGCCAUUCCUCUCACCCCUCUCAUCGCCCACUACGCUAUCCUCGAGUUCGCCAAAUCGCCCUCCCGUCUCCCAUUCCGUCGCGCGUCACGUCGCCAUCUCGCCGCCCGUCCCGUCGCCCUCUUCGUCGCCCUCUCUCCCCUCCUCUCCUCCCGCCGGCCUCUCUCUCGCCCCUCCCUACUGAUCGCCCUCCCGUCGCUCUCCGCUCCCUUCCCGUCGCCCUCUCUCUCGCCCCUCCCUUCCCGUCGCGUUCUCUCUCUCUGCUCCCUUCCCGUCGCCCUCUCUGUCGCCCCUCCCUUCCCGUUGCGUUCUCUCUCUCUGCUCCCUUCCCGUCGCCCUCUCUCUCGCCCCUCCCUUCCCGUCGCGCUCUCUCUCUCCGCUCCCUUCCCGUCGCCCUCUCUCUCGCCCCUCCCUUACCGUCGCGCUCUCUCUCUCUGCACCCUUCCCGUCGCCCUCUCUCUCGCCCCUCCCUUCCCAUCGCGCUCUCUCUCUCCGCUCCGCCCUCUCUCUCGCUCCUCCCUUCGAAUCGCGCUCUCUCUCCGCUCCCUUCCCGUCGCGCUCUCUCUCUCCGCUCCCUUCCCAUUGCCCUCUCUCUUUCUGCUCCCUUCACGUCCUCCCUUCUCGCUCGCCUCGAAUAGCCCUCCCGGCAACCUUCGACUCUCCCAUCACGUAUGCCCUCCUUUCUCUGACGCCUCUCUCGUUCUCCCUCUGCUAUCGCGCUUCAAGUCCAAGGCAGCACAUUGA